AUGACAUUGUAUCUGUAUAAUAUGUUUAGUUUUUCAAAGUUGUAGCAAAAUUAUCUUAUUAAAAUGUCUGUGUUAUUUCAGACAAGGAAAUACCUUUUUAGAAAACCAUUUAAUAAUACUUUUUGUAAAUAUGUAUUCCUCAGGAAAAAUUCUGACGUCCCCAGAAAAUUUGUAACAUUUGAUGAGAUAGUAACUCAAAGAAGACUGGAAGCGCAGCGAAGUCUCGUUGUACAAGUUAAUUCUGAUUCUUCAUUUAACGAACUUUACAGUUACUGCUCAAAAUAUGCUUCCAUUAACGACAUUCAUCAUUAUAAAAAUUCAGGCGGAGAGCAUUUCAUGCUUAUAGAGUUUGAGUCCGAAGACAACCUUAAGGAAGUAUUAAAAUCAUGUAGUGCUCACAACAAAGAUCACGACAUGAUAUCCGUUCAGUCACCGUUUGUAUGGUUCCGAGCGGCCGCGGGUAAGAAGGAAAAACUUGUAGCUCAUGAAAAAAAUCUCGCCGUGAAGAAUGGUUUAGAGAUUAUAAAUGAGGAUGUGUUGUAUCAAGAACUUAUGAACUGUGACACCGUGUCUGAUCAGAUUCAGUUGAUGUAUGACAGAACUACAUUAAAUGAUUUAGGCAUAAGGCUCAGAUAUAUGGUGGCCAGACAGCUGGAAGUAAUAUUUAGCAGUUUGUACUCAAACGUCAGAGUUCAGCCCUUUGGUUCAUCAGUUAAUGGGUUUGGAAGAAUGGGUUGUGAUUUGGACCUUAUUCUAACUAAUACAUUAACUGAAGAAAUGAGCGAGGGCGGGAGGCGGCUGGUGUUCCAGGAGAAGCGCUGCGAGGGCGGGCGCGGCGCGGCGCGGCACGUGGAGCUGGCGGGCGCGCUGCUGGAGCUGCGCGUGCCGGGCGCCGCGCGCGUCGUGCGCGUGCUGCACGCGCGCGUGCCCAUCGUCAAGUACGCGCACCUCUACACCGACCUGCACUGCGACCUCUGCUACAACAACCUGUCGGGCGCCCACAUGUCGGAGCUGCUGUGGCAGCUGGGCGCGCUGGCGCCGCGCGCGCGCGCGCUGGCCGUGCUGGUGCGGCGCUGGGCGGCGCGCGCCGGCCUCACGCACGCGCAGCCCGGCCGCUGGCUCACCAACUUCCCGCUCACGCUGCUCGUGCUGUUCUUCCUGCAGCAGCGGCCCGCGCUGCUCCCGCCCCUCGACCUGCUCGUCAGAUACGCCCGCAAAGAAGACGUUCGAAUAGCAGAAGAAAACAUAAAUUGCACAUUCCUCCGAGACUUGAACAAGCUACCUCCAGAAUCGUACGGACAGAACGACGAUGAUUUAGAGACUUUACUUUUCAAAUUCUUCGAGUUCUACUCACAAUUUGACUUCGAGGAUAAAGCUAUAUCGAUAAACGUGGGCAAGGCGAUACGAAAACCAAAUUCCCUACCUUUAUACAUAGUAAAUCCUCUGGAACAGUCUCUGAAUGUGAGCAGAAACGUUAGUUAUGAGGAGUGUGAGAGACUUAAGCUUGAGGUUAGAAACGCGGCCUGGCAUCUAGAGUCUUGCCUUGAGGGGAAAAGGGCGGACGACUGGGGCAUACUGGGCCUCAUUGAAAGUAAAUCUUCUCGAGGGCUAAAGAAACUGUUGCGGGUGGGUAACUCGCACCGCCUGGUCUCCAUGAAGGAUAUCUUCAAUGAUGAUGACGAACCAGCUGUGGAAGGGAUACGGGCCAAGCUACAGAAAUACGUUAAGAAUGAUAAGGAAGUGGAAGAUAGCAUUAAAGAAAUGAAAAGUGAAAUGAUUAAGGAGAAAAAAAGUGACCAAAUAACAUUCAAGAACACUCAGACGAAGAACGAGGUUUACAGAAUACGAAGGGAUAAAAUUGUUUGAUGUUUGGUAUCUGGAGUUGUAAAGGAAAUAUCAGCGUAUAUGUUUAGUUCUGUCGACUAAAAAGUAUGUAAUUAUUGAAAUUUAGUUUAGUUUGAGUGAUAAUUGUCUUAUAAACUUUUGUAAAAUUGGGGAUUUUCAUGAUUCAUAUGAAGCGUUGAGUGAAAUCAUUGGAGCAGUUCUGAGUAAAACGACUUAAUGUUAAUAACUGUAUGUGCAUAAAAGCAAAUUAAUUAUUUUGUUUAACAAGAAACGUUGACGUGAAGGUAAUAAAACACAUCCGCACAGAUAACAUAUUAAAACAUUAUUCAAAAGACGUUUUCAAGAUCUGUAAUAAUUUUUAGUUCUGGUUUAGACUUUGUCUACCUGAAACUUACCUGACUCAAUAAGCUAUAAAUAUACGAUGCAAUAGUAGAUGUAUUUCUGCAAGAUAUUUUGUAAAACUAUCAAAAUUUCUAUAUUUGAUACAAUAUUGUUUGUUACAUAAAUCAAGUUUUAUUGCAAUAGUUUUAGUGAUCCAUUGUAAUGAUGUUAUUUUAUGUAUUUAAUGCGUGAAAGAUAUCAGAAGCGUAUGUUAGGAGUGAUCCAAGGUUAGAAAAUAUGAUUUGAAUGUGGACAAUUAUACUGUGUAUGGUGGAAGCGAAGAGAUAAACAUUGUUAAUUUGAAAAUAGUUUAUUUGUAAUUAAAACUUUCUUAUAUUUAAA